CUGUCCGACCCGCACCUGUGACUGUCGCGCGACAGCGACAGCAGUACAGUGCGAGGAGAGCGGUCGGUGCGGCGCGACGAGGAGAGCGGCCGGCUGCCGUCGAGCGUGCAUGACUCACACAACACUUAGCACUACUGCUCGCAGAAGAUCAAAAUUUUGCAGUAACCGCCAUCGGAAACUGCUGCCGCUGCGGCAGACGUGACUGCAGCCCGCUGUCGCGCGCGCGCCACAUGCCCCGCUAGCACUCCCGGCCCGGAACAAGAAGCAGUGGGUACAGCCCGGUUUAGUUAGUUAGUUGUAUUGAUAAGCAUCAACCAUGGGUUCCCUCAACGUGAACCGCAAUGUCGCCGACGCCUUCUACCGCUACAAGAUGCCGCGGAUCUGCGCCAAGGUCGAGGGCAAGGGCAACGGCAUCAAGACCGUCAUCGUCAACAUGCCCGAGGUAGCCAAGGCUCUUGGCCGGCCAGCUACAUACCCGACGAAAUACUUCGGGUGCGAGCUGGGCGCGCAGACGCAGUUCGACUACAAGAACGAGCGCUUCAUCGUCAACGGGUCCCACGACUCGGCCAAGCUGCAGGACCUGCUGGACGGGUUCAUCCGCAAGUUCGUCCUGUGCCCCGAGUGCGACAACCCGGAGACGGAGCUGAUCGUGUCCACCAAGCGGAACACCAUCUCGCAGGGCUGCAAGGCGUGCGGCUACCACGGCACCCUGGACUUCUCCCACAAGCUCAACACCUUCAUACUCAAGAACCCGCCCACCAAGGACCCCAGCACUGAGGUAUUCACUGAGGGCUCGUCGCUGACGGAGGGCAACCGCGGCAAGCGGUCCAAGCGCUCCGGGCCCGGCGCCGCCAACGGCAACCACGACGCCGACAACAACGACGCCAAGCCGGAAAGCGAGACGCCAGCCACCCCCGUGGCGCCGACGCCCAAGAGCAAGCGGGAGCACAAGCACAAGCACGAUGAUGAUGAUGACGACGGCACCUGGACCGUCGACGUGAGCGACGCGGCCGUGCGGGCCCGCAUGCAAGAUUUAACGGAGGGCGCCAAGUCGAUGACCCUAAGCGAGGACAGCGAGAAGAACGAGAAGCAGCGCAUGGACCUGUUCUACGCGUACCUCAAGCAGAAGGCCGCGGCCGGAGACGUGACCUCCACCAAGGCCUGCACCGACCUGCUGCACGAGGCCGAACGGUUGGAGGUGAAGUCUAAGGCUGUGCUGGUGCUGUUCGAGGUGCUGGUGCGCCCGGCGGCGCUGGCGGGCGACGUGCGGCGGCACCGCGCGCUGCUGCUGCGCUUCACGCGCGGCGACGCGCGCGCGCAGCGGGCCGCGCUCGCUGCCGUCGACGUGCUGUGCGCGCUCAACCCCGCCCUGGUGCCCAAGGUGGCCGGCGCGCUCAAGCUGCUGUACGACCUGGACAUCGUGGAGGAGAAGGCGAUCGUGGAGUGGUUCAGCAAGCCGUCGCGCAAGGCGCUCAGCAAGGAGGUGGCGGGCGAGGUGCGGCGCCGCGCGCAGCCCUUCCUCGACUGGCUGCAGCACGCCGAGGAGGACUCCGACGACGACGAGGAGGCAGAGCUCGAGAUCGAGUACAAUGACCGCGCCGCGGCGACGCCGAUGAAGGCGCAGGCCGCCGCCGCCGCCGCCGCCGCCGCCGCCGCCGCCGCCAAGCCGCAGCCGCGCGACGACGACGACAACAACGACCUCGACAUCGACGCCAUCUAA